GAUUAUGUCAACGCAAAAGUUAAGAAAGUACGAUUAUAAGUAGUGUUCAUAAUAUUGUAUCACCUAUUAUGAUUGUGUUGGUUAAUCGUGCACUAUAGUCAUAUCACUUCAAUUAUUCGAUGAACUUCUAACAGUUUGAAUUGAUUAUAGUUCAUACAGAAUUUAAGUUAAAUCUCAUAAAUAUUCCUAGCCUGCCCUCUUCUAUACUAAAUUACCAAUCCCCAUUCGACUUCCAAUCACCAAAUAUGUCAAAAUUUCCUAGCUGAGACCAAUCUUGGGAGGAAGAGUCACACAUAUUCAUCAAGCAAUGAUGAUGAGAGCAAAUUACGGAAGCAAGAUGGUGGAAUUGGGAGGCAACUAACUUGAUGAAGGACAUAUUAACUAAUUAAGAAGAGAAGAAUGCAGGAGUGGGUAACAUAACCAAGUCACCAAGUGCACUUAGUUCGUAGCAUGCACAAUUUUUUUCCCUUAUACACGUGGCAUCUUAUUUACAUGCAACAAUUACACCUCAACUUCUUGACUUUUCUUGUAUUUCUCGACUCUACUCAUUCGCCUGCUCUUUAUCAGUCUAAUAACCCCACCUACCCGCUCUUGCAUUAGAUACCCAGAAAGAGAAUAAUAAGGUGAAUGGUUGGGGCAGAGGGAAUACAACUUAGUUAUGCUACUCACAGCAUAAACUGUGAGUAGAACCUCACACGGUGGAUCUAUUCUCCACGAUGGCGAGGCACAAUCUGGCGCCGGUUUGAGGAAGGUGAGCCAAGUGUAUCGGCUGGCCCAAGCCCACGACUGAAAGCGGGGCCCGCCAGGCCCACAAAUUCAAAAAUAAAAAAUCAAACCCCAGGUCAGUUUCUCCGCCAGACCACUUUCCCCUCUCUCCCGCUUUUCCCCUCUCUCUCACUUUCCUCCUCUCACGAACACAGACGAAGAAGCAGCGACAGACCAGCGAAGCGGCGACGACGGACAAGCGAAGCGGCGGCGAGGGUGCAGUGUAGCGGUGGCGGCGAGGUGACAUUGCAGACGAAUCGGCGGCGACGAAGGGCGGGGUUUCGGCGGCGACGAAGGCCGGGGUUUCACGGCGUCGAAGCUUGUGUUGACGGCGGCGACUUUGCAGAAGAAUCGGCGGCGACGAAGGGCAGGGUUUCACGGCGACGAAGUAGCGGCAGUUGGUUUGACGGCGGUCGUUGAAGAAAGAACUACUUUGUGGACUAAGGUAACUGUCUUAUUUAUACUUUGUUCAUGGAUAUUCAUUUUCGCUUCGACAGAUUUGAGUUAGGGUUUCAUGGCUACGACUUGAUCUGGGUUUUCCUUUUGUGGAUUUGUCUUUUGGGUUUAAUUAUACUUUGUUCAUGGAUAUUCAUUUUCGUUUGGACAGAUUUGAGUUAGGGUUUCAUGGCUAUGAUCAGGUUUUCCUUUUGUGGAUUUGUCUUUUGGGUUCGUGGGUGAAGUAUUUAUUUUGUGGUAACUUAUAUGUCACUGGAUAUGAAUUCGUUCUUUUGUGGAUUUUAUUUCUGGGUUUUGUGGAUCUGCUUUGUGUUCCUUCCGAUAUUAGUUAUGUUCGGCAGGAUAUGCAUUCUGUUCCUUCCGGAUAUUCGUUGUUUAUUUCCUGGGUUGUUGUUUGAUGUAUCUUGAUAUUGGUUUUGUUUGAGCAUGAUAUCAGUUAUGACUUUAUUGGAUAGUUGUUUGAUAGGAUCUGGGUAUUUGUAUGUGCAGGGAUUUAUCAAUGGCAAGGACUAGAACAACCAAGAGGAAACAGCGACCGACUCCACGACAGCCAUCACCACCGCCACAGCCAGAGGAAAAUGAGGAAGAAGAAAAUGCUGAAGUUGAAGCAGAAGGAGAUGCACAAGAAGAUGUUGAAGUCGAAGCAGGUGGAGCUGCACAAGAAGAUGUUGAAGCUGAAGCAGAAGGAGCUGCACAAGGAGCAGCUCGAGGUUAAAGCAAGGCGAGGUUUAGAUUUUGGUGCACUCUAAAUCUCUGCUACAUGUUAUAAUCGGUUUUAUGUGCGUUCCGAUAUUAUUUAUUUUGAUUCUGGAUAUCCAUUGUGUUUUGCUUGGAUUGUUUCUUUGAUAUAUCUGGAUAUUGAUUUUGGACCAGCAUGAUAUCAUUUGUGACUUGCUUGGAUAAUUGUUUGAUAUAUUUGGAUAUUGGUUUUUAAUCAACAUGAUAUCAGUCG